AUGAGGAGCUUGCCCUUGGUUCUUGUGGUCCUUGUCUUGCUCUCCUAUGUUCCACCAGUUAGAAGUGGACCAAAUAUUUAUAUAAGAAGAGUCUUUUCUUCAUGCUGGAGAACAAAAGGUACUUGCAGGAAAAAAUGUGUAAAAGGUGAAGAAUUUCAUAUUUUCUGUGAUACUACAUAUCUGUGCUGCAUCCAAAAAAAGCAUUUACCUAUACAGGUUGGGAAAUAG